AUCCCCAAUCCCAUCACCAUCCUGAUGAUGCGUUCUCCCCGCAUCUCGAGGCGGGUACCUCCACAAUCGUCGUUUGUCCCUUAGGUGACUCCCGAGGAGGAGAGAGCGUCAGCAAGAGUGAGUGCCUGCCGCUGCUGCCGACCCGAGAAUCGCCGGUGGGUGAUCAUCGCGGCAUAGAAGCGGAAGACAUACAUUCAGGGAAUGUCGGAGGAGAAGCCGCCGGAUUGGCUGCCGGACGGAUGGAUCAUGGAGGUCCGGAGGGGGAAGAAGGGCUUCACCUAUCGAUAUUACACAUGUCCCAUAUCUGAGUACACAUUCUGUUCAAAAGAGGAAGUUAUCCACUAUCUCAACAUUGUAGCAGCUGCAUCCCAUGCAUCUGAGGAUACAGAAUGUUUUGGAGAUGAAGAUCAGCAACUUGUACAUAAAGUAAAAGAUUCACUCAAGUGGUUGCCUCGUGGGUGGAUCAUGGAGAUUAGAACUCGAAAAAUUGGUGCAGAAGCAGAAGAGAGGUACAAGUGCUACUUGCAUCAAUCGACUGGAACUGUUUUCUAUUCAAAGGAAGAAGUACUUCAGUUUAUUGAGGCAGGGAAUGCAUGUGGUCCCCCCACGUCCUCUCGGAAGAGACGCUGCAGGAAUAAAUCCGGUGACCUUGUCUUAUACCGAAUUGAAUAUUCCCCAGAUGGUUUACCUGAUGGAUGGAUCAAAGAAAUCAAAUUCAGAAGGAACAAGGAUAAGAAGAGUCCAACCAAACAGGAUGCAUAUUACACUGAUCCAGAAAGUGGAUAUGUAUUUCGAACCCUUAAGGAUUGCAUAUGCUAUAUUGAGCAUGGAGUAUUGAGUAAACAUGCCUUUAAACCAAAUAUAAACAGUGUCUGCAAGAUCCUUGCUUUCGAACAAGAUUUCCUUGAUUUAGACUCAGAUGAGAAACUGAACUCCACCGAAGAUAUUUGCAAGGAGACAACAUUUUGCAGUCCAAAAUUUGAAGUUACAAGUGCUAAUAAAAACUGAACUCCAUGAGAAUAUGGACUUUCCAUAUUUAAAAUAUGCGUCAUCUCAGUAAAAACCUGUGCGGAGCGAUUCUGCAAUAACCAAUGUCCGGAUUGAUUGUACAUGGUACCCAAUUCAUAAUCUUGGUUUAUUUGACUGUCAACUAUGUUUAUUAUUCUACUAAAAUUUACUGAAUUGCUGAGCAGUUAACUUGUUAAUUGCCAUUGGUUCUGGUGACACUGCAGCCCUAGAGAGAUAGCAGUUGAUCUUGUGGCCCUAAAUAGGCAUGCUAAAUAUUUAGCUAUCUUGCUUUAUACCAGAAACAUUAAUAUAAAAUAAUCUUUAUGUAACACACUUUUUAGCCUAUAUCUGACAUCACUGUGUUAUUCUGAUAGCAUUGUAAUGAAUGUUUGGAUCCA